GGCGCGCGCCACCCCCGGCCUCCCGCUACCUGUGCCCGCCGGCGGCCCGCGCGCCCUCUUCUGCGCCAUGGCUGGCCCGCGGGAAUCGCCGCAGCCCGCCGUCGGUUAUGACUACCUGGUGAUCGGCGGCGGCUCGGGCGGGCUGGCCAGUGCACGCAGGGCGGCCGAGCUCGGCGCCAGGGCCGCCGUGGUGGAGAGCCACAAGCUCGGUGGCACUUGCGUAAAUGUUGGAUGUGUACCCAAAAAGGUAAUGUGGAACACAGCUGUCCACUCUGAAUUCAUGCAUGAUCAUGUUGAUUAUGGCUUUCAAAGUUGUGAGAGUAAAUUCAAUUGGCGUGUUAUUAAGGAAAAGCGGGAUGCCUAUGUGAGCCGCCUCAACACCAUAUAUCAGAACAAUCUAACCAAGUCCAAUAUAGAAAUCAUCUAUGGCUAUGCAUCAUUCACAAGCGAUCCCCAGCCCACGGUAGAGGUCAAUGGGAAAAAAUAUACCGCUCCGCACAUCCUGAUUGCCACUGGUGGUGUGCCCGCCAUUCCUCAGGACAGCCAGAUCCCUGGUGCCAGCCUGGGAAUAACCAGUGAUGGAUUUUUUCAGCUGGAAGAACUGCCUAGUUUUAGAACCAGAUCUGCAGAGUUACUGAGCCUGGGUAACUGGGUGGAGAUAGCUGGGAUCCUUUCAGCCCUGGGUUCUAAGACAUCACUAAUGAUACGGCACGAUAAGGUACUUAGAAAUUUUGACUCCAUGAUCAGCACCAACUGCACAGAAGAGCUGGAGAAUGGUGGCGUGGAGGUUCUCAGGUUCUCCCAGGUCAAGGAGGUUAAAAAGACUUCAUCAGGCUUGGAACUCAUCAUGGUUACUUCAGCUCCUGGUCGAAAACCCACCGUGACCACAAUUCCCGAUGUUGACUGCCUGCUCUGGGCCAUCGGGAGGGACCCAAACUCUGGGGGUUUGAACUUAAACAAACUGGGGAUUCAAACUGAUGCGAAAGGUCAUAUCUUAGUAGAUGAAUUCCAGAAUACCAGCGUGAAAGGCGUCUAUGCAGUUGGGGAUGUGUGUGGAAGAGCUCUUCUUACUCCAGGUAAGGCCUCUGCCAUACUUGGUGAGGGGUACCCGGGUGUUAAAACAAAGCCAAAGCAGCUCUUCAAGUUAAAAGAAUGCGUGUCUUUGCAUGGUCAAAAUGAUGCUUUCUUUAUGUGUGUUAUAGAUGAGGCCGUUCAUAAGUAUGGAAAAGAAAAUGUGAAGACCUAUUCAACCUCCUUUACUCCAAUGUACCACGCGGUCACCAAAAGGAAAACAAAAUGUGUGAUGAAAAUGGUCUGUGCCAACAAAGAGGAAAAGGUGGUCGGAAUCCAUAUGCAGGGAAUUGGAUGUGAUGAAAUGCUGCAGGGUUUUGCUGUUGCAGUGAAAAUGGGAGCAACAAAGGCCGACUUUGACAACACAGUUGCCAUCCACCCUACCUCUUCAGAAGAGCUGGUCACACUCCGUUAGGAACCUGGAGACUUGGGGGCUGCAGCUGGACUUUAGACCCUCUGAAAUGAACCUGUCACAUUCACUUUCUGUUCCAGUUUUACAUACUGCUUUAUUCUGAUCAGGAUCUUCUGAUAGUGGAAAUUUUUACUACAUAAAUCAGAAAUUUGUUGUGUUACCCAGGAUUGAUUUUCAUUUGAUCAUAUCUCACAGUAUUUUAAAGUUUUCUUUUCUUUCUUUUUUUUUUUAAAGAUAG